GCGAGACAUUGUAUAAUAAAUUAAUAAUGUACUGGACAUAUGAAUAACAUGUCUAUCCGGUCAUUAUACGGGACACGAUUACUCAAUGGCAUUUAUAAUUUGUUUAUUUGUUUUCGCAUAAAAACACAGCUACUUUAUGAAAUAUUGCCUUCCAGAAUGAAUGUUUAAAAAGGUGUAUGAAGAAAAUCCUGUAUAAUAUACCUAUAUUUUAAAAUGCCAUCCCCAAAAUCAUCAAUACCUGAUAUUGGGACAGCAUCCUUGAGGAAAACAAAUCGACAACUAGCUUAUGAGAGGGCGCUUUGUAUCAACAAAUCUCAUUUUGGGGAGACAGUUCUUGGUCGUAACAUGACGGAGACGAAGGUACUGGAAGCCAAACUGGAACAGCUGGAGAAAGACAAACUUAUGCUAGAAAGAGAUCACUUCUGGAGACAAAGGCAGUUUUUAAUUUCCAAAGCAUUUGACAAAGAGCGUCGAUUAAGAUACUCCAUGCUUUUGAAUAGAAUUUCUUUAAAAGACGAAGAUAACAAAGAACUGAAUCUAACACCCGAAGAUAGCCACAAACUUCCUCCCAUUACGGAUGUUGACGUAUCCCUCACUCACCAAUUCUUUCCGGGCAAAAUAGAUUCCGAGACAAGUAGCAAUUAUAAACUUAUACUCCAAAGAAAAAGAAAACUGAAAGCUACUGUGAAUGUUUUGCGUGCUGCGCUGGAACUGAGUAAGAAAAACAGGGAGAGAAACAAGAUUCAUGUGAAAAACGAUGAGAACUCACUGGAAACAUUUUCACAGGGGCCAAGCGUCCAAUCUACCAUCGACUCCGAAAACCUUGAAUCCACCGAGAAACACAUCAUGGAGGCUCGGAAAAACAAUUUUCUCAAGCUUGUCGUGAAAAACUGGAAAAGUUUUAAAAGACCUAAUACAGAACCAGAACCACCACAGAAAACUUCAUCCGAAAUAAACCGGAAGUCGAGUUCUUCCCAACUGCCAAACCGCCUGCUAGAACGUCGACAAUCCUUGGUGAGAACAAAUACAGACGAACUGUUGCUGAGACUGGCAAAGACUCUUCCCCCUCAAGUCUUGAACGGAACAAAUAGCAACAAGUUAUCCGACAUCAGCUCUGUUUUGGGGUUCUCAUCCCGUAAUAAGGCACUCCGACAGCGUGAACUGAGCGUUCUCCGUCGACCCGUUCUCUCCGACGAUCGAUUCCUAAAUCUCCAGAACUCUCUGAUCAGAUCAUCAACAAUUCUCUGAUCAAUUCGUCAACAAGUUACCUGAAGACUACUAUUUAUUUAAGGCAACAUUGAGUUCUGUGUUGAUAUUACUGUUGAAGGCAAUUGUGUUAACCAUGCAGCACCUGAUCGAGCUGAGAUAUCAACUUACAACUGACACGUUGGCAUAUUAAUCUUUAAAAAAUAUUACAAGCA